AUGGCCGCUGAGAUCCUGCAGGUGGCCGUCAGCGUCGACGACAAUAUCCCGAAACUGCUGGUGAAGAUCAGCCCCAGCACCUGCACCGGCUUUGCUGCCAAGAACCUGGGCGAGGUCACCCUCCGAAAGCCUGGAGCACAGCGUGGCCAUGUGGCAGUUCUUCACCUCAGCUCGGCGGUGCCUGUGGGCUCGGUCUUCAUUUCCUUGAAGCUUUCCGAGCUCCUCGAAGUGGCCUCCGGUGACCAGGUCCAGAUCGUUCACUCAGAUCGCAUCCGGCGCACAGUGCGACGGGAGACGGGUCAGGACACCUCUUCGACGAGGCGGAGUUCUUGGGGUGACCUUCUGGGCUCAGGGCAGCACGUGCAAGCAGCUCGGGCACCAACCUCUGUCCCGCGCAAUGAGCCUGAGUGCUUCGGACGGCCUUUGCAGGAAUCGUCCCAAUCGCUUCAUGCUCGGCCAGGGCGGCCCCAGGACUUGACUGCGCAAGCAGCUGAUGAGCUUGGCACAGAGUUCUCACCGCUUCCGAAGGCAAUGCCGAGGACCCGCAUCCAGUCGCCGAAUCAGAUGUGGAGCCAGAAGGCAUCCAACCUGGGCUUCGCUAAUCCGCCUCUGCCCGUGGAGCCCGCGCUGGGCUCUCCAGUGCAGUCUGCCCGAUGCGCGCCGCAGCGGUCCUUGACGCAGGCAUUUGCUCAGGCUGCUCAAAGCAGGGGCGAGGCAGCAAAUAAGACAGGAUAUUCACAAACUCCCCAGCCACAACCGGUCCAGUCACCGCCGCAAGUUGCACAGCCACAGCCCUUCACUCCAGCAUCCCGCACAGUUUUCAAGCCGACGCCAGGCUUUGCGCAACCUGGAUCCCCAGGAAUUGCCAACAGGACCCUGAAUGCAAACCCUGCGUUCGGAGCAUCCAGGCCCGUCGCGACCGCGGCCCCGGCAACAGGUCGGCAGGCAGAGGUGGCAGACUGGCUUCCUGCCGCCAUGGGCUCGCCAGUGUGGCAGGCUGCACAGCAGCCGCCUCCCGCGUCACCACCGGCCCUGAUACCGAAGACACCACCAAUGUACCGCACAGAGCACAGCCCAAGCCCCAGCCCUCCGAAAAUGCGGCCGGAAGGAGUUCAACCAAAGGUGUUAAGCCCAACCUUCCGGCCCCAACAUCCACAAGUCCCACAACCUACCCCACAAGGAGCUUUGCCGCACAGAGUGCGCCAAAGUGUUCCCCACUUGCCAUCUCGCCGUGCGCAGUCCCAUUCGGACCUUCCUCCAGCCGGGAGGCGCACAUCAGAGAUGCAGCCCCGGGGCAGCCAGUGGAGCAGCCCGCUCACCAGCCCGCUCACCAGCCCGAUCGCAGCUCAGCCCCAGUCCCUCAGCCCGCCUCCACUGCGCAUGCCGCAGCCGGCCCAAAAUGGGCCGAACGGGUCCUCCGCGAGGGCAGCUCGGAGCCCUGAGCACGAACGUAUUCAGUCACCCAAGGACUGCGAGGCCGACAGAGGCUCCAGUCCACCCGCAGCACAGCGCCCGUCCUUUGAGUCCUUUGGGCUUUUCUUUGGGCCUUUUCACGCGCCUCCAGGCCAUCCACUGAAACAUGGCCCAAGACAGGAUGAGGCCUCUCAGCAGAGGGCAACAAUGGCGCCCGCUGAGUGCUUGAACGGAAGCGCGGGCCAGGAAAGGGAGCAUACCACGGAGGAUGCCGGGGAUGCCGAGGAUGUUGAGGAUGCCGUGCAGACCAAGGAGACCUCGGCAGACCGCAGCCUAUCACCAGCACAGCACAGGACGCAGCCUGCAGAAGAGCACACGGAAGAGGCCGAAGUGACCGAGGUUGACCACAGCCUGCGGGAGCCGCCCCCGUUGGUCCAACGCCGCUCCGACAAAGUGCGGCCUACAGCCUUGGUUCACCUGCCAGGAGGUGCCCGCAGCGUCAGUGCCAAGCCUGGGCGACUGGGCACCUUGCGGCGGCCGACCUCCCAGGGCCUGGGUCAUUUGCAAUGUGAGCCCUGUUCAGAAUGCAAUCCGCCCAAAGUUCCGGCGGCGGUGAGCUGCGACUGGCGUCGGCCGCAGAGCACGGGAGGAGGCCUGGAGCGUUCCGAGCUUGGCCCAGAGAUCACCAGCGAAGUGCGGCGGUGGCUGCUGGGUCUCACGGAGGGCCUGCAGUGCUCCCACGUGGUCAUGGACAAGGCUUUGACGGUUCUUUCGAACUUCAAGCUCUCCAGCGGCUGCGAGCUUGAGGUGCUCGGAGGACCACUUGGUGCGAUAGUUGGCGGAUACAACGAAGCCGACUGGCUCCAUCAGGAGAUCUUCUCCAAGACUCCAGCUGAUGCCGUGAAGGAGUCCUUCGAGAUCCUCGGCUUCAGUGAGGCCAAGGCCAAGGAAGGUGAUUGGUCUGGAGUCAUGGUGGAGGAGGUGUCCUUGGCAUACCGCCGGCAGUGCCUCCGGGGCCACCCCAGCAGGGGUGGACCUGCUCGCGGCUACUUGAAGCUGCAGGUGGCCAUGGAGGUCAUCCGUGCUUUCUGUGGAGAAGCUGGGCCCCUCACCCCAGAACCAGCAGAGGAGAUUUCCUCGACAUGCUUUGUGCUGGACGACCUGGCGUUGGCACGGGAGCUAGAAUUGACGCCGUCGGAAGCUGCGCUCGAGGCCGACAGCUUGCCCACGCAAAGGCUCGAGGAGCUAAAUAGGGCAUUGGACGAGUACAUCCUAAGACAGAUGUGCUUCAAGAGCGAGAUCGUGGCCGAAAUCGCGCGGCUGCACGAGAACUCUGCCUACUCCAUCCUAGGGGUGUCGCCCGAUGCCUCGGACGCAGAAAUCAAGAAGGCGUACCGCGUCGUUGCGAUGCAGUGCCAUCCAGACAAAGGUGGCGACAAGGCCGAGUUCCAGGAGCUUCAUGAGGCUUACGAGAAGAUCAUGGAGCAGCGCAGGAGCUCGGCAAAUCUCGAUGGCAAGUCUCGCAAGAAAAGCGAGACUGACAGCGACGACGAUGCGCAGGCCAGGCAGGAAGAGAAGGAAGAGAAGGAGGCUGAAGAGUCCCACCAGUCCCACCAGGACCAGCAGGCUGAGGAGAAGGACUCAGAGGCUGGAGCUGAGCCGGAGGAGUCGGAGGACGGCUCCGACGCGCAGCUCCUCGCCAAGGCCGCCAAGGCGGCAGAUGAGGCUUCUCACUACGCCAAGACGGCUGCCGAGUUUGCUCAUCAGGCUGCGGAAGCGGCAGAGACGGCGCGACAAGGUCGCGACUCCGGCGGCGCAAUCACCUUGACUAAGUCCAUUGCGCACUCGGCCAUUGUCCUCACCUUGACGGUGGUGAAGGCCGUGCGAGUCGUGGGCUACGCGACUAUGGACGUAGCCGCGCAGUGCCGCCUGGCAUCCAGGAAGUUCACGGAGGCCUCCUGUGCGGAAAGCUCCACAGAGGCAAUGGGCUUGGGCCUGGAGGCCCUGAAUGCGGCCCUGGCAUGUGCAGAGGUGACAGAGACCACGGCAGCAGAGCUCCAAACACCAGAGGGCCUCGAGGCUGCUGAAGCUGCCGAGCGCUUCGUCAAUGCUGCGGUGCGAGCCUCGCUGGCAGCCGCCAGCGCUUCCAACGCGGCGAUGUCUGCAGCCAUUGCUGCCGUGGAAGGGCAUCGGCAGUGUAUGCAGGCUGUCGAGGCCAAGACCGAAAACAAGGAGUCUGCGGAGGAGGUGCCUGAACCUCCCGAUGCUGACAAAGACGAUGCAUCGGAGGUGAGGGAGGACCAGUCGCAGAAGUCAGACGAUUCAGACGAUGAGUCAACCAGCCCGCCUGAGCCUCGGCGCCACAGCAAGGAAGACUCGGCGCAGGCCGCUGUCAGGAG